CAGUGGUCACAUGACUGUUUACACUGUGAGAGAGGAGGCAUGUGUGUGAAGAACAGCAGAAACUCAAAAGAAACGGCCCUCACAUAAACAUGUAGGAUAUCUCACACACACACACACACGCACACAAAGGCAACAGCAGGAUGGACCAGAGAGUUGAACACAGUUUGUAUCCCCCCGAGGGCCAGCCCAGCAGACCCAGAGAUGUACUGGUGAAGUCAGCCUCAGCGUAUGCCGAUAUUCAAUGGGAACAGCCUCAUCAGCCGAGAACCCCGGAGAGGGAUCCAUUUGGUUACCCUCAUCGCGAGAUCCCCCCAUUGGCCAGUUACACUCCUCAGCCUGAUUACAUGACAGCGGAUGAUGAUCUCAUCAAACCCAAAAAGCUGAUUAAUCCUGUGAAAGCCUCUAAAAGCCACCAGGAGCUUCAUCGGGAGUUGCUUAUGAACCAAAAACGAGGUAUUAGUGUGGAGAGCAAGCCAGAACUGCAGCGUGUGUUGGAGCAAAGGAAGAGAGAGCAGAUGAUAAAACAGAGAAAGCAGGAGGAGGAAGCCCGGAGGAAGAUCUCUCCACUGGAACAGGAGCUUCUCAAGAGACAGCAGAAGCUAGAGGAGCUGGAGAAGGAGCAAGCAAGUGUGGAGGACAGCAACUGCAGCGCCCCGGAGUUCAUCAAAGUUAAGGAGAACCUGAGACGAACGUCCUUUACAAGUUCUGGAGAGAAGGAGGUCUAGGGACACAGACUGGAUCCAGAUGUGUGUGUUUGUGCAGUAACAUAGAGACCUAAACACUGAGCUUCUCUACUGCCUGUCUCACACCAACAACACCUUCAGCACUCUGUGGAGCAGGAGAUAAAGACAGGACCCAAAGAACCUCUGCUACAUCUCCACUUCACGAA